AUGAACGAGCCUCAACAUCCUCUUGCAAUUGCAACACCCUCGCUUCGACCCAUAGUCGAAUCGCCUGCGCCAACCGAAACAGCCGAGACACAAUCUAGCCUACGUGCUCAUCGUGAUAGUGUGUCAAUGGCAACUCUUCUCGAACAAGCACCAGACAAAGUUCCGCGUGGAAGAUCCAAAUCCCUUGCUGUAGGGACCUUUGGUUGGUCUCAUAUGCCACGUUUACCAGUUGACCAUGUCAUGCCAGCACCUUCGUCCAAUGUCCCAUAUCGUGCUCGUUCAUGGGAACCAACUCUGGAAAAGGCCAUCCGAGCCAUCGUAUCAAUCAAAGCCAGUCAUGUCCGUAGCUUCGAUACUGAGACCUCUGGUGCAUACACUGCAACUGGAUUCAUUGUGGAUGCCCAGCAAGGCAUUGUUUUAACAAACCGGCAUGUUGUAUCUUCCGCCCCAAUUGUUGCUCAGGCAGUACUGACAAACUAUGAAGAAGUUGAUCUUAAACCCGUCUACCGAGAUCCAGUUCAUGAUUUUGGCUUCAUGCAGGCAUGUCGUUGGAUCAUAAGCUUACAUACUAUAAUUAUUAAACUAACCAAAAUUUUGAAAUAUUUACAGUUUGAUACAUCUAAAAUCAAAUUUAUGGAGCUAGAAGAAAUCGAGUUGAGUCCAGACCGAGCCAAGGUUGGACUUGACAUUAGAGUGGUGGGCAACGAUGCUGGUGAGAAACUGAGUAUCCUAGCUGGUACUCUUGCCCGUCUCGAUCGUCGUGCUCCAGAAUAUGGGGUUGGAGAGUACAAUGACUUUAAUACAUUUUAUCUCCAAGCUGCGUCCGGCACAAGUGGCGGGUCUUCCGGUAGUCCAGUACUUGAUAUCGAUGGCCACGCAGUAGCAUUGAAUGCAGGUGGUGCCAGUCGUGCUUCAUCUAGCUACUAUCUUCCCUUGGAUCGUGUAAAGCGCGCAUUGCUCUUUAUUCAAAGAGGGCGCCAGGUUCCACGCGGUACACUUCAAACCGAAUUUGAGUACCAGCCUUACAAUGAGGUACGCAGACUUGGACUCAAGGCCCACAUCGAAGAAAAAGUGCGAAGCCGAUUCCCUGAUGAAACAGGCAUGCUUGUAGUACGAUCCGUACUUCCCAAGGGUCCGGCAGAUAAAGUGUUGGUUCCAGGCGACAUUAUAAUUGGCUGCAAUGGCCACAUGGUUCCUCACUUCAUCAGUCUGUUCUCGGUUCUUGAUGACUCUGUCGAUAAAAACGUCACUCUAACCAUCAGCAGAGGAAAAAAGGUCCAAGAUGUCACAGUGGCUGUCCAGAAUCUUCAUUCUAUCACACCCGAUACCUUUGUCGAGAUUGGCGGUGGUGUUGUUCAUGAUUUGUCUUAUCAGCUAGCCAAGUCUUAUUCGCAGCCUGUUGAAGGUGUCUAUGUUGCAACCUCUGGACAUAUGCUUGCAAGUGCCAGUGCAUGGCGCAAGAGUAUAAUUGUCAGUGUCAACAAUAUUCCAACUCCGGAUCUAAAAGCAUUUGUCAAUGCAAUGCAAACUCUUCCUGAUGGCUCCCGUGUUCCAAUUCGAUUUUAUUCACUCCAAAAGGCUUACAAGGACAAGAUAAUGAUUAUGCACGUUGACCGACACUGGCACAAGUUCCGUGUCGCUGUCCGUAAUGAUCUCACCGGAUUGUGGGACUUUACUGAGAUGCCCCCUCCUCCAAAGAAAAUGUCUUAUCUCCCAUCUUCAGCCACAUUUCCUCCUCUUGAUCCUUCACUUGCAUUAGCUCAAAGACUUAUGCCAUCGUUCGUUGCCAUCGACUUUUAUUUACCAUACCUCGUAGACGGAAUGAAGGGUACACAAUUCUAUGGAUCUGGCUAUGUUGUAUCUACCAACCCCCCUUUGAUUGUGUGUGAUCGCGACACUAUUCCUAUCAGUAUUGGAGAUAUAUUUAUUACCUUUGCCAACUCUAUCAUCAUCCCAGGGAAGAUUGUAUUUUUGCAUCCCUUCUACAACUACGUGCUCGUAAGCUACGAUCCAGCCCUCAUCGGAGAAACUCCCAUAAAACCAAUCGAUUUCAGUCCAGUUGAGCUCAAUCAAGGUGAUGAACUUAACUUUGUGGGUGUCGGAAACGACCAUUCGAUUAUUCUACGUAAGACUACCGUGAGCUCCAUCUCUAACGUCGGUACACGUGAAUGUUCUCCUCCGCGAUGGCGUGCCAUGAACGUUGAAGGAAUCAAGAUUGACGAUUCAAUAAAUGCCCAAGGAGGUUUGUUGGUUGAUGGAGAGGGAAGAACGCAGGCUCUAUGGGUCAGCUACUCUACCCAAUCGGAAAAGGGCAAGGAUACAUCCUUUAUGUCUGGUCUGUCGGUUGGACUAAUUAAGUCUACUCUUGACAAGUGUCGUCUCAACCAACCUAUCACUUUCAAGGGCCUUGACGUAGAGCUGUGGACAAUGCGUAUUGCGGCUGCACGUACUCUGGGACUUUCUGACGAAUGGGUCCGUAAGAUUGAGCAGAGUGGCAGCACACGCCACACGUUGUUGUAUGUGUUGAACAUUCUGGACGAUCGUAGCCCAUGCGCUCGUGUAUUACAUGUCGGCGAUAUCAUUCUUAGCAUGAAUGGCCGACUCGUUACUCGCAUGUCUAGUAUUAUGCAAGUAUAUGAACAAGAUACAGUUACUAUGAUUGUACUGAGAGACGGUGCUGAAAUUGAGGUCAAGGUUCCUAUGAGUGAGUUUAGCGGAUUUGAAACUACCCGGGUUAUUGGCUGGCAGGGUGCUCUUAUUCAACGUCCUUACAAGGCUGUUCUUGAGCAAGUCCGUGAUGUACCUCAAGGUGUAUAUGUGUCCUGUACUCUGUACGGAUCCCCUGCUUCUCAUGUACUUCGUCCCGGCGUAUGGAUAGUCGAGGUCCAGGGAAAACCUGUCAAAGAUUUGGAUUCAUUUUUAGCUGUAAUCCACAAGCAUGAAGAAGAAAUGUGUCGUCGUAGACGUCCCAGUUACAUACCUCCUGUCCGUCGUUCUGCUGAACAACGCGCAAAUAUUACCUUCUCUGAUGAGGAAGCACUCAAGACAGAUGAUGUUGAGGACGACGAUGACACUAACGAUGAGGGUUAUGUCCGCAUCAAGACGGUUAGCCGCAAUGGCACAGUUCGCGUUGUGGCUGUAAAACUGGAUUUGCAUUACUGGGAUACUUGGCAGCUAGUUCUUGAUCCUAAUUCUAUUUGUGGGUGGAUCUGCAAAGAUGCCUAAAUUUUUGAAAGUAUUUAUCGACCCCUGUUUUUUUUUUAUAUCGAUUAUAUGUUUAUAUGUAUUCUUUAUCUCUUUUUGUUUUAUCAUUUUAUUCCAAUACAUGCCACAUCUAAAAAUAAACAAGAGCAUCAGUGGAACUGUCUAAUAUCAAGGGAUUGGUGAACCCCCUGAUAAAGACUCUGUCUCUCUUGG